AUGGAGUACAAGACUAGGCAGUGGCACGAGAAGUGCUUCUGCUGUGUGGUGUGCAAGAACCCCAUCGGAACCAAGAGCUUCAUCCCGCGUGAACAGGAGAUUUACUGCGCUGGUUGCUACGAGGACAAGUUCGCUACACGCUGCGUCAAGUGUAACAAGAUCAUAACGCAAGGUGGCGUAACCUACAAGAACGAGCCAUGGCACCGCGAGUGUUUCACCUGUACCAACUGUGACAAUUCGUUGGCCGGACAACGCUUCACUUCAAAGGAUGAGAAACCCUACUGCGCUGAGUGCUUUGGAGAACUCUUCGCUAAGCGAUGCACAUCUUGCACCAAGCCUAUCACUGGAAUUGGCGGCACCCGAUUCAUCUCAUUCGAGGACCGACACUGGCACAACGAUUGCUUCAUCUGCGCACAAUGCAAGACCUCUCUCGUGGGCAAGGGCUUCAUCACCGACGGACCUGACAUAAUCUGCCCAGAGUGCGCCAAACAGAAGCUCAUCGACAAUACCGUCCUGCCCCUAGUCGCAAACGCGCGAGAGUGGAUCGCGUCCGAUUCGGGACCUAUACCCGGCAACUUCUUUGGCCUGACUAAGACCUACUUCCGUAAGGUCAACCCAAAGUCUCGUUACGCGAAAUGA